UCUAUACUUGAUAGAAAUGCUCAUGUAUCUAAGUUUAUUGGGUUCGGAUCCUAAAUGGGUUCAAUCCGACGACAGUCCGACAUCCACACCCUAAGAAUCCGGGCACAAUUGGUUGGUCUGACGGACAACCGCCUAUAAAGCUAUGUAGAGAACAAAAUAAUAAUAACAAAAGCCAAGCCAGCGAAGCGAUGCGCAUCAGUAAAAGCGCCCCUCCGCAGGCGAAUCAGCCGCGGAAACACGGAGCCGCCCGCUCAACCCCAAGACUAUGGAGCACCUUCCUCGCCAGUCCCAGGCGGUAACCAGAUCACCCCCUUUCCUCGAGGACCUUAAACUCUAAGGUCGAGUUACGUAACCCCUGGUCACCCUUAUAUAUUCACCCACCAUUUCCACACACCCCCCUUCGCCCCCUUCACACCUCUUCUCUCUUGCCGCUCACGUCUCCAACGGCACCCAAAAAAAUAAAGGGGAAAACCGUAAGAAAUUGCAGAGAAAAGGAAAGGGAAAAAAGGGGAAAAUAGCUAACCUUCGAGUAGAAGAGGAGCGCCGUGAUAGAUCGGGCGGUGGAUGAGAGAUCGGCAGAGAUGAGCUGCAACGGAUGCAGAGUUUUACGCAAGGGCUGCAGCGACUCCUGCUUUCUGCGGCCUUGCCUCCAGUGGAUCGACUUCCCCGAGGCUCAGGCCCACGCCACCGUCUUCGUCGCCAAGUUCUUCGGUCGCGCCGGCCUCAUGUCCUUCAUCUCCGGCGUUCCCCCCUCUCAGCGCCCCGCUUUGUUCAAGUCUUUGCUGUUCGAGGCGUGCGGGCGAACUAUCAACCCGGUGAACGGCGCCGUGGGCUUGAUGUGGACCGGCAAUUGGCAUCUCUGCCAGGCGGCGGUAGAGACGGUUCUCCGCGGCGGCACGCUCAGCACACUUCGUGGUCUCGCCGCCGAGGACCACAGCGACGACGCGCCGCCGGAGUCCGACGGCCUCUGCUCCCCGCCGUUGAUGGGGUUCUCCUCCUCCGCGGCCGAGCGGUGGAAGGUGCCUGCCCCAUACGACGCGGCGGCAGCGUUGUCAUGCGAUCUAGACCUGUGUCUGACCCCUUCCCCCGGCGACGGGAGUGAGGAGAAGCGAAGCUGGCGCCCGGCGACGCCGUCGAUCAACUCAGAAGGAUCGGUGACGACGAGCGGCGGAGGCGACGGUUCCACCGCCGAGCCAAGGCUUCUCAACCUCUUCGUUUGAUGGCCUGGUCCCGUUGGUUACGCGUGCGGUUCUUCUAAUUUUAGUGCCUGCGAAAGUUUUUGGGUGCUGUUUGAGGCCGGCAAUCUUUCGAAUUAAUAUUUCCUUGUCAA